AUGCAGCAGCAGGGGCCCGAUCCGCGAUCGGGCUUGGGAGCCUUUGCCGCGUUUCCCGAUGAGCUCGUCUGCUACCUGCUGCACUCGCUGGAUGUGCGGGAGCUACUUGUGCUGGCUCAGACCUCCAAGCUGAUGCGCAUCCUGGUCUGUGAGGAGCCGCUCUGGCUGCAAAAGCACCUAGACCGCUGCUCCCGGCCCUUUGCCUACCGGGGCUCCUGGCGUGCCACCUACAUGGCCUACCACCCCGCCUGCAAGCGCUCUGAGCUGACUGCGGCGGAGCUGGUGCCGCUGGCUCAGGUGCCAGGCUUCACAUCGGCGGUGCUGUACAGACGAUGGUACCGCUGCCACGUCGACCUCAGCACCUUCCUGCCGGUGCCGCAGCCCGCCGGCGACAGCACCGCUGCAGUGCAGGCUGCUGCCGCUGGCAGCGCUGCGCCCAACGGAGCAGCAGCACCCACCAUUGGCGUGUCAGCAGCAGCGCCGCUGCCAGGCAGCAUUCCAUACAUCCCUGACGCCGGCGGCAUGGCGCCAGCAGAGUUUGAAGCGCGGUUCGAGCGGCCAGCCCAGCCGGUCAUGCUGGCAGGGCUGGCAGCCAGCUGGGCCGGCGGCAGCUUGGAGGCCUGGCAGCCUGCCCGCCUGGCGAAGGUCUAUGGAGACCGCCUGGUCAAAGUCUCCAAGCCCUUCCUCACCGGGGGCCGCACCCGCAUGCGCCUGGCGGACUACCUUGCUUAUGCGGCGCAGCAGGCAGACGAGGAGCCUCUGUAUGUUUUCGACCCGUCGUUUGGGGAGGCGGUACCUGAGCUGCUGCUGCAGUACCAUGUGCCCCACAUCUUUCGCCACGACCUCUUUGCCUGCCUGGGCCCGCGGCGCGAGGCCUGGCGGUGGCUGGUGGCGGGCCCCGCGCGCAGCGGUGCCAGCUGGCACGUGGACCCCUCCGCCACCUCAGCAUGGAACACGCUGCUGGCAGGCCGCAAGCGGUGGGCGCUGUACCCGCCUGGCCGUGUACCGCCCGGUGUGGAGGUCAGCAUCGACGCAGACGGGUCCCCAGCCUUCGAGGCGCCCACCUCGCUGCAGUGGUACCUCGAGGUGUACCCUCAGCUGGCAGCUGAGCAGAAGCCGCUGGAGGUACUGCAGAACCCAGGCGAUACCAUCUUCCUCCCCGCAGGCUGGUGGCACUGCGUUCUCAACCUGGAGAUGACAGUGGCUGUGACCCAGAAUUUUGUGAGCCCCGCCAACCUGGCGGCGGCGGUGCAGUGGCAGGCGCUGGGCGCGGGCUCCAUGUUUGAUCCCCACCUUGUGCCCGCCUACCUGGCCCACCUGGAACACGGCCAGAAACUGGGGGUCGGCAAGCAGCAGGUCAUGGCGGCAGCAGAGCCAGCAGAGCAGCAGCAGCCAGGGCCAGGCAUGAAUGGCAGGAUCCCAGCCAAGCGUCGCUUGGCAGGUGGCAAGCAGGGGCGGCGGCAGAAGCGGCGGCGCGGUGCCGGCGAGCAGCGGGCGGCUGAGAGGGAGCGGCAGGCGGAGGCAGAGGAGGCAGAGGCGGCAGAGGCAGCCGUGGCGCACCUGGCCGAGCUGGAGCUAGGUUUCUGCAAGGACAGCCUGCUAGGGCCCUGGCUGCGCCUGCUGCUGCAGCAGGAGGCAGAGCAGGGGCCGCCGCCAGGGCAGCAGCCAGACUCUCAAGUGUGGCAGCUGGCGCAGCAGUGGACGGACGUGCCAGCCUGGCGGCUGAGCCUGGAGGCGGCGUGCCACGCGGCGGGGCUGCCGCCGCCGCAGCACCGGCACGAGUUGCUGCCACUGGCCACGGGCUGGUGCCUUGUGGCCGGUGCCAUCCUCAAGUUCUUUCCACCCACCAUGCCGCAUGCCACAGCCAUGGGCUGCAUGGAGAUUGCGGCCUACCUGAGCCUGGCAGGCGUCAGCGGUGGGGCCAGCGCUGCCAGCCAGCUGUUGUAUGCGGGGCUGCUGGACACCAGCAUUGGUGACAUGGAACAGAAGGCGCCCCCAGAAGCAGCAGCAGCAGCAGCAGCAGCAGGGCAGCAGCCCACGCCGUUCCUGGCCAUCAGGAAGGCGCAGGGAGUGACCCUGAGCAGCUGCAUGGACGCGCUGACGGAUGAUCACGCCAGCGGUACUACCAGCAGUACACCCAGCUGUACCGCCUGGGUAGCACGGGAUGGCAUUGUGUACUCCACGUCAGCCGGAACCGUGGACAUGCGGCGGAAGGAGGCUGAGGAAGGGCGGCAGCAGGAGCAGGAGCAGCUGGCGCAGCGCCAGCACCUGCUGCUGCGGCAGCUGUUUCCGCGAGUGGGAGCCGCGCUGCUAGGCAGCAAUUGGAAAGCAGUCCAGCAGAGCCCAGGCGCUGACCGAAUCUCGGCAGCAGCAGGAGCGGACGCGGCAGCAGCAGGAGGAGGGUCGGCCAGUGCCUGCCACCGGUGCCGUGCCUGGCAGCCGUUUGUGGACUUUGUGCGGCGGCAGCGGCGGCAUGCCGCCAAGGUGCAUCGCAAGGAGGGCUCGCUCCCGCCCCAGCUGCUGGCACAGGUGGAUGCCUACCUGCCCGCAGACCCGGCCGUGCUGGUGGGCUGCCUCUGUCUCAGCGCCAGCAGAGGAAGCAGCAAAAGCGCCGCGGCAGGAGCCGCCUCAGCAGAUGGCCCCUGCUGCGGCAGCAGCGGUGGCGGCACUUGCGCCUGCGCCGGCGGCGGCAUGCCCGCCUGGGUGCAUGGCGAUCUUACCGCAGGCAACAUGCUUCUUGGCGGCGGGCUGCUGGCGGAGCAGGGCUGCACAUCGCCGCUGGACGCACAGCAGCAGCAGCAGCAGGGGUGGCAGGGCCAGGGUGCUGGCCAGCCUGGCGAGCCGCCGCCGCCGCCGCAUGGCUCCAGCCUGCCGGCCGGCAGCGCGCAGGCGGCCGCCGCCGUGCUCAUCGACUUUGCAGAUAGCGGGCAGGGGGACCCGCUUUGGGACUUUGUGGUGCUGCUGCUGCGCACGCUCAGGUGCGAUAUCAAGGCAGCCCGGGCCUGCCUGGCAGCCUAUCGCGCAGCGCUGCCGCAGCCAACUGAGGCAGCAGCUGGCGCUGUCGCGCCGCCGCGAGCCAGUGGCGUGACUGCAGCAGCAGCAGCAGCAGCGUCGACGCAGCUGCCGGCCUGCUGGCCUCGGCGGAGCCCAGACCUAUGCGUCAGCCUGAGCUACGCCGCGAUGUGUUACACGCUGCUGCACGAGCUGGGGCCGUCGCACGACGUGUUCAGGCGGCAGCCGCAGCUGUGGGAGGCGGGCAGCCUGGAGGAGGUGCAGCGGGAGGUGUGGGGCUGGCUUGACCGUGCCGUUGGCUAG